GCGUAUCAGAAGUUUGCUGUAUACAUUGUUCCACGUUUAUAUAUCUCAGAUAUUAUCAUAUAAUUUGGUACCGGUUUCAAUAUAAAAACUCUUCAGUGUAGUCGAAUUAAGGGCACCCAAAUGGGCCACAUUCUAAUUCGAUUAGGAUGGAUUGCUUAACAUUUUCGAUGACCAAAGUUCAUUUCUCCCCAUCCAAAACUAUUAAUUACAUACCUGUUUCUCAUUUAAAUCUCAAAUCCCGAUCUCUCAAUGGACACUUACAGUUUAUGCCUGCCCAGUUGUUAAGGUCGAGGAAAGUCAAUACAAUUUACAGAGCAGUGAAAGAUUCUAAGGAAGACCCGAACUCGUACUCAACAUUUCAAGGAGACGCGUUGUCCGUUAAGAGUGCUGGGGACGAGGAAGCCUGGAUUGAAGAUGUGGAGGACAUUGAGCUCAGUAUUGAAAACAAUGGGAAAAACUCAAGGAAGAUAAGUGCAAAAAUUGAAGUGCAAGCUCCCCUUGAUGCAGUGUGGAAUAUUUUGACAGAUUAUGAGAAAUUGGCUGAUUUCAUUCCAGGACUUGCUCUCUGUCAGUUACUGGAAAGACGAGAGAAUUAUGCCAGGCUAUAUCAGGUUGGACAACAAAACCUCGUAUUUGGAUUGAAAUUCAAGGCCAAAGGCAUUAUUGAGGUCUAUGAGAAUGAUCUUGAGAUCAUUCCUACUGGGAUAUCUCGUGACAUAGAUUUCAAAAUGGUUGAAGGUGAUUUUCAAGUUUUUGAAGGGAAAUGGGGCAUAGAACAAGUUGAAGAGGGCAUAGGACGUCAAACCAUCUCAAACACAAAAACAUAUCGAACAUUGCUUUCAUACAUAGUAGACGUGCAGCCUAAAAGAUGGCUACCUGUGGCACUUGUUGAAGGAAGACUUAGCAAAGAAAUUCAGUUAAAUCUGAUUUGUAUUCGCAAUCAAGUAAUGAGCACUGCUUUUGAUGCCUUAGCUACAUACUGAAUAUGAUGAAUGUACCUUUCUAGGUCAAAUAUUAGAAGGAUUGGUGAAGCCCAAGUUUAAUAGGGUGGAUGUAUUUAUAUUCUUGCUAAUAACCGGUUGUAAUCCAUCUUUAUAAGAUUAAGCUCAGAGAUCAGCUUCUAGUGUAUUGGGGCUGGAGAAUUGUAGAAUUGCUUCAUUGUCGAUUUUUCUCAUAAUGAGUGCCUCUCCAAAGACCCUAGUUUGGUCUUUUGGUGUUCAAUUUUAUCUACAAGUUAAAUCAUUUGGUUUGUUGCAAAGAUUUAUGCAACUCUUUCCAACUGUUAAUGGAAAAUUAAUUUCACUGUCUUGACAAAAAAUAAAUAAAUUUUAAUUUUGUUAAAUGUGUGGA